AUGAUGGAAGUGUCUCAUCCCUCAGCCGGAUGGGAGAGCGUCGGUGACAAGUGGUACCGCAAGAUCCAGCUCUACACCGAGGUCUUUGACCAGGACCUCGACCUCGACAACCACAUCGUUGCGGGCGCCCCUUAUGCUGGCGCACUCGCCCUCUUUAGGGAUGACACCAAGAUCCAGGCUUACCGCGCCAACAAGCCAUCCACCUCAAAACCAAGCAUUGAUAUUUACUCGUACGCCGGCAAGCUUCUGCGCAGCAUCCCGUGGGAGCAGCCAUCAGGCUCCAUCAAGGGUCUAGGUUGGGCGUCGGUGGCGGGCGGCGAGGAGAAGCUGCUCGUUGUUACGGCAGACGGAACGGUGAGGGUUUAUGACCUGCAAGGCGACUUCACGCAGUUCUCACUGGGCAACGGAGCGGACGACUUCGGCGUUGUGGGAUGUCGGUUUUACGAGUCGGGCAUGGUGGCCCUGCUCGCCAGUAAUGCGCUCAUUUCCGUGACGAGCUACGCGGAGCCGAGGCCGAGGUUGCUUGCGCAGGCGCCAGAGGGGCUGGGCGAGAUUCACAGCUGGGCCGUCGUGUCUCCCGACCACACGCUCUCGAGGUCAGUAGAGGUGUUGUUGAGCAUCGGGGAGACGAUAUUUGUCGUCGACGCUGCGGAGUGCGAGGACAGGUUCCUCGACAUUGGACCUUUCAGCCACAUCAGUGUGUCUCCUGAUGGCAAACUCAUCGCUCUGUAUACGAAGACGGGCAAGGCCCACGUCAUCGCAAGCGACUUCCAAGAGCGUCUCAUCGAGCACGAUUCAGAGUCCAAGAUUCCGCCAAAGUAUGUUGAGUGGUGUGGCUCCGACGCGUUGAUUGCGUGGGAAGACGAGGUGCACAUUAUCGGAGCGGACAACGCUUCUGCCGAAUUCUUUUACGACGGCCGCGUUCACGUUAUAUCAGAACACGAUGGUGCAAGGCUCAUAACAAACGACGUCUGCGACUUUCUCGAGCGUGUCCCCAGCGCAACCGAAGAGGUCUUUGGUACGCGGGCCGAGUCGUCUCCUGCGUCCAUUCUGCUCGACGCCGUCGGCCAGCUGGAGCUGCAGUCCCCAAAGGCGGACGACUACAUCCAGCUCAUCCGGGCCAACCUGACGGAGGCCGUCGACACGUGCGUCAACGCCGCCGGCAGGGAAUUCAGCGUGCACUGGCAGAAGCAGCUCCUCAAGGCUGCCUCAUUCGGCAAGUCCGUGCUGGACAUCUACAACAGCGACGACUUUGUCGACAUGUGCGAGAUUCUACGAGUGUUGAACGCCGUCAGGUUUUUCGAGAUUGGACUCCCGUUAUCGUACGAACAGUACCAGCGUCUCACUCCCGAGGGUCUGAUUAAGAGACUCAUUAACCGCCACGAGUACCUCCUCGCACUCAAGAUUGCAGGAUAUCUGAAACUGCCCACAGACCGGAUAUACGUCCACUGGGCCUCGGCAAAAGUCCGCUCGGGAGCGGAGGACGACGAUACCAUCUGCCGGCUCGUCGUCGAGCGUCUUUCGGGCAAGCCUGGCAUCUCCUUUGAGGAGAUUGCCCGUGCCGCAUACGAUGAGGGCCGGAGCCGUCUCGCCACCGAACUGCUCAACCACGAGCCGCGCGGCGGCAGACAGGUCCCGCUUCUCCUCAGCAUGGAGGAGGACGAGCUCGCCCUCGACAAGGCGAUCGAGAGCGGCGAUACCGACCUCAUGUACAACGUCCUCCUCCAGCUCAAGAAGAAGCUACCGCUCGCCGCCUUCUUCAGAGUCAUCAACGCCCGGCCGACCGCCACGGCGCUGGUCGAGGCGUCCGCCGCCCGGGAAAACGACAACGCACUUCUCAAGGAUCUAUACUACCAGGACGACCGCAGAGUCGACGGCGCAAGCGUCUUCCUCCGCGAGGCCCUGCGUCAACCAGACGCACGGACUGCAUCGGAUAAGCUCGCUCUCGCAGCGAAGCUGCUCUCGGAUUCGCGGGAGGCGUCGUUUGAAGUACACGCCCUGAAAGAAGCCCAGACGCUGCUCAAGAUGCAAGAAGCCUUCGACCGGGACCUGACGGAUACGUUCACGGGGCUCAGCGUUAACGAGACCAUGUUCAAGCUCAUCCGUCUGGGUUAUCACAAGCGCGCGAAGAAUAUCCAGAGCGAGUUCAAGGUACCGGAAAAGGUUGCUUGGUGGAUCAGGCUCCGCGCACUUGUCGCGAAACGCGAUUGGGCAGAGAUUGAAGAGCUCGCGAAGACGAGGAAAAGCCCAAUUGGAUGGGAGCCAUUCUUUAACCUUACGCUACAAGCGGGUAACCCGCGUCUGGCGGCUGUCUUUGUACCUAAAUGCACCGGUCUGGAACCCGGCACGACCAUCACCAUGUACGAAAAGUGCGGGAUGCGCGUCAAGGCUGCUGAAGAAGCGGUCAAGCUCAAGGAUGCUGAGGCGUGGGGCAGGCUUGUCGAGGCGGCCGGGCGGGGAACGCAGGAAGGGCGGGAGAUUGAGAGGCUCGGAGCUUCCGUGUUCAAGAAAUAG